AUGUCUAAGUUGCGUAGCAUGUCUGAUCUGCGCGAUAUAUACAUUUUCCCUAUGGUUUCGCUGAAUAUCCAUUAUGAUUUGAGCAAAGACUGGGAUUACAACACUCGCAGUAUCUACGCCUAUGUGGUGAUUUCCUUCGAUGGAGAUCAUGAAUCGCAUGAGCUUAUUAUGUGGGAUAAGAUUAUAAUGUCCAAGGAGGACUGCGUGUUCGACGGUACGAUCAGAAACAAGGGUAUUCUGUUCAAUGACGAUCCUACUCUCUUGUUUGAUUGCGUAUUUGGUUUUACCAGUAGUGGAAAAGAAGCAACGAUUUCUUUCCGAUAUCAAAUCCAGCCCACUGUCGGUUUCCAGCGUGACUAUGUCUUUGAUCAGGUGCAGAAGGUGAUUAUUGAUAACGAGAAUUAA